AUGGACGCUCGCUCCUUCUAUGGGAAGAAGAAAAUUCCGUGUAGGGCGCGUUUACCACCCGAAGACGGAAGCGACGACAGCUGCCUAAGUGACACUGACAAUGAGGAUGCGGACUACAACCCUCCCCAACAGUUCAACGCACCCCCCGAUAAUGACACAAGCGAAGAAAGUGAAGAAGAGGAAGAAUCGGUGCCAGCUUCCUCGAAAGGAGUGAAUCGGCCAGUGCACUGGUCAAAAACAUCUUCAUCUCUGAGUAAUGACGUUCCUCAGUGGAAAGGCGCUGCGCAUGAGAGCGAGGCCGUCAGGUCCCCAAUCGAGUACUUCCAGGGAUUCUUCGACGACAACGUGUUCAAUCUAAUUGUGCAGCAGAGCAAUCUUUAUGCAGUACAGCAAAACCCGAAUAAGCCUCUAGCCUUGUCCCGGGUGGAACUUGAGCAGUUUCUAGGCUGCACUGUCUACAUGUCGAUCUUCCAGCUACCACGAUCUCGUUUGUACUGGUCAGCUGAAUGCAGACUACCAGUUGUGGCCGAUAUUAUGACGCGCGACAGGUGGGAGGAGAUCAAAUCCUCGCUGCACUUCAACGACAACCUCAGCAUGCCACCAGCCGACAGCUCCCCGAAGGAUAGACUGUUCAAGAUUCGCCCGCUUCUCGGGAUGCUGCUCCCGAAAUUCGAGGAAAUUCCUCAGGAACAAUGCCUCUGUGUGGACGAACAGAUGGUUCCCUUCAAAGGGCUCUCCAGCAUCAAGCAAUACCUCCCCAAGAAGCCUCACAAGUGGGGUUACAAAAUAUUCAUGCUUUGUGACUCCAGGGGUGUUGUACACUCUUUUGACGUGUACACUGGCCACAUCGAUCAAGUGCCGGGUUUUCCUGACAUCGGGGCAAGUGGUAACAUCGUCAUAAAACUGGCUCAGUGCGUGCAGCCUCAACUGGGCCACCUUCUGUACUUUGACAAUUGGUUCACGUCUCUGAAGCUUCUCGUGACUUUGGCACAAAGAGGCAUAUAUGCCCUUGGUACCGUGCGUGCAAAUCGACUGCAGGGUUGCAAAAUGGCCACGGACACAGAACUCCGCAAGAGAGGACGAGGAAGUGCAGAAGAGUACGAGGCAGUGGUGGAUAACCAGAAGGUGAUCGUUGUCAAGUGGUACGACAACCGAUCGGUGACCACUGCAAGUACCUUUGCCGGUGCACAACCCGUCUCCACUGUCAUGAGGUGGGAUAGGCGUGAAAAGAAGUCUGUCCAGGUUGAGUGUCCUAGCGCAGUUGCUACGUACAACAAGUACAUGGGAGGUGUUGAUCUCCUUGAUGCACUGAUAGCAUACUAUCGGAUCCAGCUGAGGUCAAAAAAAUUUUAUCUCAAGGUUUUUUUUCACUUUUUGGACAUGGUGAUUGUUGUGAGCUGGCUCCUCUACCGACGAGACUGUCAGUCACUGGGCGUUCCAAAGAAUAAGCAGAGAGACCUGCUGAAAUUCCGGCUUGGAAUUGCGGAAGCUCUCUGCAAACAAGGAAAGGACCUCUCCUCAAAGAAGCGGGGACGACCGUCCGGCUCUCUUCAAGCUCAACUCGAAAUGAAGAAGCGACGAGGACCCACGAGCCACAUCCCCAACGAGGACGUCCGCACGGACAGCACAGGACAUUGGCCGGUUGUCAAAGACACGAGACAGCGGUGCAAGAAACCUGGUUGCAAGGGACAUACCAACGUAAUGUGCAGCAAAUGCAACGCACAUCUUUGCCUCAACAAGAAUACCAACUGCUUCUUUGAUUUCCAUCAGCCAUAA